UUUUCGUGUACGCGAAACGACGAACAGUUCGACUAUUGUAUACGAUAACGUCCUGCUGUCUCUCCACCCCUUUCAUGACUGACUUGUCUGGACUCUGGACACCUGAAAUCCCCAAUCCUGACAAAUUUCAAACCCUAAACCCUAAUUUCUGAAAGAUGGAAGCAAAUACAGGGACGAGCAGACAGAUUUAUGCUGCUGAUAUCUCCUCCAUAAAGGAAGCUCAUGAACGUAUUAAACCGUAUAUACACAGAACUCCUGUUCUAACAUCCGAGUCUUUGAAUUCUAUCUCCGGAAGAAACUUGUUCUUCAAGUGCGAGUGCUUUCAGAAAGGUGGAGCGUUUAAAUUCCGAGGUGCCUGCAAUGCUGUUUUGUCACUUGAUGCUGAACAAGCAGACAAAGGGGUUGUAACACACAGCAGUGGCAAUCAUGCUGCUGCGUUGUCUUUGGCUGCAAAUUUACGUGGAAUCCCAGCAUACAUCGUUGUCCCAGAAAACGCUCCGAAGUGCAAAGUUGAGAAUGUCAUCCGAUAUGGUGGUAAGGUAAUAUGGAGUGAACCAACAAUGCAUUCUAGAGAGAAAGUAGCAUUAGAAGUUUUGCGGGAAACUGGUGCUGUUCUUGUGCACCCUUAUAACGAUGGGCGCAUUAUGAGUGGCCAGGGUACAAUAUCAUUGGAACUGUUAGAGCAAACCGAAGAGAUUGACACCAUAGUUGUACCAAUAAGCGGAGGUGGAUUGAUUUCUGGUGUGGCGCUUCCUGCCAAGUCGAUAAAGCCUAGCAUUCAGAUUCUAGCUGCUGAACCUAAGGGAGCUGAUGAUGCAGCUCAAUCCAAGAUCGCUGGUAGAAUCAUAACUUUGCCUGGGACCAAUACCAUAGCGGAUGGCCUUCGAGCGUCUCUUGGAGAUUUAACAUGGCCAGUUGUAAGAGAUUUGGUAGAUGAUGUGAUAACUGUGGAAGACUCAGAAAUAAUCGAAGCGAUGAGACUCUGCUAUGAAAUUUUGAAAGUUGCUGUGGAACCGAGUGGGGCAAUUGGCCUAGCAGCAGUUUUAUCUAAAAGUUUUCAGAGCAGUCCUUCUUGGCAGGAUUGCAAGAACAUAGGGAUUGUUCUGUCAGGAGGUAAUGUUGAUUUGGGUGUUCUCUGGGAAUCAUUGAGGAGAUGAGGAAAAUCAACUGUAUUUACAAAAUGUUUUUUGUUCACGCUUUCUUUUUGUCGGUUAUUUAAGAUCAAUGAACAUUGCCGGUUGGAUGUCUUCUUGUUUAGUUGUGAUUUGUAUUCUUGAACUGAUCAGUGAGACCCGUGAAAAAAAAAAUGAUCACCGAGUCUAAUUAACAGCAAUGGCCACAGUGAGCUGAAAAUGUGUAAGUAUUGCAGAAGAGUAAAACCUUGAUGUUGCAAAGCAACUAAUACUGCUAAGAAAAUAUGCCCUGUUAUUGAGGUAUGUAUUUGCAGGGAAACCUUGCCAUGGAAGAACCAAGAGGAUGUUCAUCGGGAAUUAGGUGUUAGAGAAUGAGAUAGACUCGGAGAUCAAUCAUUAUUAUUUUUUGUCUUUAUCGGGUAUGUAUGCUUGACAUGCAUACUUGCAUGGAAGAUGUAUAAUUCCAUGGUUUCCUAAUCUCUGGCAUCUAUUUGUUUCAACGGGAAGAAUGGGUUUGAAGAGCUAUGGCAGUAAGCCAGGUAAUUUAUUUUCUUGUUUAGUUAGAAGAAGGUUACUUCCUUAUUUCACAAAGUUACGUCCCACAUCUGAUCUUUAACCAGACCCUAUGGCUAAACUAUAAAGGUCAAAUAUAAGACCUGUGCUCAAACGCAUAUGCAUUUAAAUAAUUUGUAUCAUAGAACCACUAAUAUUUGAAACUUGAACUUGUAAUUUGGUUUAUCAUGUUAUGACCUUCGGAUCCAGAAAAAAUUCUCAUCGAAAAUGGAUGAGAAUUUACAAUUGAUAACUAAGAUUUUUUGGUGAUAGUUAUCUUCAUAGAAUAUACUCGGACAAAAUCUGUGAUAGGUAUGCAUGAUAAAAGAAUAGUAAGUCUUUUCCUUGUUUGAAAGAACCAAAAGGGAAACAUAUUGGUAUAGUGAAUUUAGAAUUUUUAUGCUGUUCUGUCAUUUGCCUUGAAAGGUAAACAUGUAUAUGCAAAGACUGGAUACCAUGAAUUGUAUCCAGAAACAGACUAAGUUAGUGUAUUUAUAACAAAAUUAGGCACAAACUUUCCUGACUGAUAGAACCCUGUCACUAAGUCCUCACCAGACACCAAAAACCAUCAGUGGAACUGUAUAAUCUAAUCGAAGAUAUCCAUUGAAAGUGGCCAAAGGUUUUUCUCAUUCUCUCUUUUUUUCUCUUUGUUAGGUUUUAUGAUUUCAUAUGCCCUUUGCAUGUUCAUACAAAAUCGUAGACUUCACUUUCUGACUGUUCAGUCUAAUAGAUUGAUAUAUCUCCGAUAUUUUGAAUCAAUUUAAAGAGGUUGGAUAUCUUCGUCUCUUUUAUACAAAGAGUCGUUCUUUUAGUUCUCAUAAACAUGAGAUUAAGCUCUAGAUGAUGAAUCCAAACAAACCAGUAAUCCCUACCUCUUCAACUCGUUGUAAAAGAAAGAGGUUCUGUAAUAAGUUUUUUUUUAAAAAAAAAAAUAUUCAACAACCCUCUGUUAAACAAUUAUCACAACAAUCCAAGCAGUUUUUUUAUCCAAAGAACCAUGGGUUUUGGUUGCCACCAUUGAGUUUGAAACCCUGAACACAUUUCCAGUGAUAAGAUUUUGCUCAAGUAACCUCUGUCUGAAAAGCUCGAAUCUGUGUUUAGAUUUGUUGAUUUAUGUCACGGGAAGCUAAGCCUGUAAACAGCAGAAAAUAGCUAAAGAGCAGAUUAGCGGAUUUAUUUAUUACCAGAAGCAUGGAUAGAUUGUCUGCUCACACAGUUCUCUUUUAUAAAAUGAGUCUUUCUUUUAGCUCCCACAAACAUGGUAUUAGGCGAUUCAUUUUAUAGUCGCUGUAUCUUUUAUUCUGCACAUGUUUUUCUGUGAAUACAUAUGUGGUAAUAUGUCUUCUUUGAAGUUAUGACUGACGAUACAAACUCAUCUUCUGGAGAAUGGGAUAAGUUGGAGCCUCGGAUUCUUGUCAAAAUAUUUACUCUGCUGAGCAUAAUGGACCUGAUCUCGGGUGUCUCUAUGGUCUGUCACUCGUGGCUCUCGGCCUGUCGUGACCCAUCUCUUUGGAACACUAUAGAUCUGUCUGUCUUGACUUGUAGACGCUUUAACACCCCCCAGCUUCCAUACGCGUGGUCAGAUGGUGAUUCCAAAGACAGAAUGCUGCAUAUUUUAAAGUCGAUCUCAAGGAUAAGCGGAAAUAACCCGUCAACAUUAUAUUUCAACUUCUACAUUCGCUUAACCAAUGAACAUUUGGCUCUUGCUUCUGAAAGUUUUCCAAAUCUGAGACGGGUUGUUCUAUCAACUUACAAUAAUGUCACCCUGAACGGGUUCAGUAAUGCUGUUCAACAAUGGCAAAAUCUUGAAUCUUUAACCCUACCCGCAUUUUCCCGUCCAGAGUGCAUGAUUAUGGUUAUUGGGGAGAACUGCAGGAGAUUCUCUAAACUAAGAUUCACAUGCCCGUUUAGCAUAGAAAUGGCGAACGCCAUCAGGGCUUAUCUCCCAAACCUCAAAUCCCUGAGCCUCCGGAGCUCAUUAGUCGAUAAGGAAGCUUUGACGAUCCUCCUGAACGGCGAUACAAAGCUGGAGGUUCUCAACCUCUCACACUGUGUUUUCAGGGACAUCCUCAGGUCUUCUUUCGAGAAUUUCUACUUUUACCGAGAACUCCAACCUUCCAUCAUCAGGAAAGCUUCAAAGAUCAAGACUUUUCUCCACUGCAACAACAACUCGGAGUGCCGGCUCUGUCAGAGCCUGCCCAAGGCCGAGUUUGAGUACCGGGAACAGGUUUGGCGUGAAGACGAGGUAACUGAACUUGCAAUGUGAUGAUUGAAUUGAUAGAACAACUUUGGUUUCUGGUUUCAAUCUUUGAUGUCACUCUCUCUGGAUCCAAUUUUCUGUUUCUGGGUCCUCGUCUCAGUCGUUUGUGUAUGUUUUUUGGGCAGAAGUCAGUAUUUGUCGUGCAUA